AUGGCAUUUGCUGUGAAGGAAAUCAAUGACAACCUCCGGAUUUUACCCAAUGUCACUGUGGGCUUCCACAUUUGGGACAGCUACUUCAAUGCAAGAGAGACUUAUCGUGCUACAGUAGAACUUCUCUCAACAAAGAACAGAUUGCUCCCUAACUACAACUGUGACUUCCAAAACAAUAUGAUAGCAGUCAUUGGAGGACUUGAAGCUGAAACUUCCCUCUACAUAGCAAGUGUGUUAGCUAUCUACAAUAUUCCACAGCUUCACCGCUUUCUGAAAAGAGUCUCAUUUAACAACAGUGCUGGGGAGAAAAUUUCAUUUGAUACCAGUGGAGAACUCACAACAGGGUAUGAUAUUAUCAACUGGCUUGCUUUUCCAAAUCAGUCUUUUUUUAAAGUGAAAAUUGGAGAGGUUCAUCCAGAAGCUCCGGCAGACCAGAUGCUUACCAUUAAUGAUGAUGACAUCACAUGGAACAGCUGCUCUGGCCAGACACAGCCCCUUUCAGUCUGCAGUGAAAGUUGCCUUCCAGGUUUUUGGAAGAGAAUGAAGGAGGGGGAGCCAUUCUGCUGCUAUGACUGCUUUCCAUGUCCAGAAGGGAAGAUUUCCAAUCAGAAGGACUUGCUUGCGUGCAUGACUUGUACACAAGACCACUAUCCAAACAGGGGACGAAAUCAAUGCAUUCCCAAAGAUGUCAGUUUCUUGUCCCAUGAAGAACCUUUGGGGAUCACUUUAGUGACUUUUGUCCUUUCCUUUUCUUUCAUCACGCUUUUGGUGCUAGGAGUCUUCAUGAAGCACCACAACACCCCCAUCGUCAAAGCCAACAACAGGAACCUCACCUAUGCUCUCCUGAUCUGCCUCCUCCUGUGCUUCCUUUGUGCUCUGCUAUUCAUUGGUCAGCCACAAUUGGUGUCAUGUCUCCUCCAACAAACCACAUUUGGCAUGGUCUUCUCAGUUGCCAUUUCUUGUGUUCUGGCAAAAACAGUCAUGGUGGUUCUGGCUUUCCUAAGCAUCCAACCAGGAAGCAGCCUGAGGAACUGGGUGGGGAAAAGAGUGGGCAACACCAUUGUGAUUUCAUGCUCCCUUUUCCAAGCAGCCCUUUGUUUUGCAUGGCUUGCAACUUCACCCCCAUUUCCGGACGUUGACGUGUACUCAAAGACUGAAUCCAUUGUACUGGAAUGCAAUGUAGGGUCUGUCAUCAUGUUUUACUGUGUCGUAGGCUACAUGGGCUUCCUGGCCAUUGUUAGCUUUGUGGUAGCUUUCUUGGCCAGGAAGUUACCAGACAGUUUUAAUGAGGCCAAAUUUAUCACUUUCAGUCUAUUGGUCUUUUGCAGUGUUUGGAUGUCUUUUGUUCCCACCUACCUGAGCACCAAGGGAAAAUCCAUGGUGGCUGUAGAGAUCUUCUCCAUCUUAGCCUCCAGCGCUGGCCUUCUGGGUUGCAUCUUUGCCCCCAAAUGUUUCAUUAUUAUGCUGCGGCCUGAGUUGAACAACAGGGAACAGCUGAUAAGAAGAAAAGAGGAGUAA